AUGGCAACUGAAGCAGACGAUGGGAGGUUUAUCACAGUAUCAAAUGAUGAUACCAGCAACCCUGGUGCACUACUUAAAACCAUAUGGUUAAACAAUACUUUGCACAUUGUAUUUGCUACUACAGUCAUGCAGUUGAGAGGCCAUAAGAAUGUUGCUUCAGUCAAUGAGUAUAGUUCAGCAUCAUUACAGCAACAGCAAACUAUGUCUUAUAUUUUAUCUGAUAUCGGUUCAGGAAGCCGAGGAUUUAUACCACAAGAACCAACUUCAACCACUAGUAUGGAAGCCAAACCUGCAGAUUUUCCUGAGGAUGAUAUUUUUGACAGUAUUGAACUAAAUAAAUCUAUGAGUUUGACGGAUCAAAUUACCUGUUAUCGAAUUCCAAGAAAAGACGGAUCAACAGUUAGGUUCAAGUUAUGUAUUGUUGAUACUCCAGGAUUUGGUGACGUACGAGGGACAAAUUUCGAUAAAACAAUUAUAGAAAUGGUGAAACAUCUCUUUAGGAAAGGAAUUCAGAAUAUAGAUGCCUUAUGUUUGGUUAUGAAAUUAUCUGAUAAAAGACUCACCGAUUCACAGCAAUAUGUAUUUUCAAGUAUUUUGGAGAUUUUUGCAAAGGAUAUAAGUGAUAACAUUUUUGUCUUACUUACAAAUGAUGACGGAGAAGCAGGAAAACCACAGGCACUCGACGCUCUAACUGAAGCCAAAGUUCCAUAUAAAGAAGAUAUGGUUUUCCGAUUUAAAAAUGGUAAUUUAUUCAACAGUGAAUCGAAUGAAAGUGAAUGGAAGGCAAGAAAUACAAGUUUUAAGAAUUUUUUUGACAAACUGCAAACAAUCGGUAAAAUAUCGGUUGAAAACACAAAAACUGUUCUGAAUACAAGAGAAAGUCUAGAAAUUCAAUUAGACAACAUUCAAAAAAAAAUAAGAUAUCAAGCAGUUGAAAUAUUGCACAUUAAGAGAGACGAAAAUGCUCUAAAAUUACAUGAAGUAGAUAUUGAAAAAAACAAGAACUUCACAAUUACGAAAGAAGUUCAAAGACCGACUACUGUUUCGAGACAAUCUUAUUGCCUGAACUGCAAACACUGUAAUGCGACGUGUCAUUAUGAUUGUAAAGUAGUAUUAGACUGUUUAAUUUUGACCUGUGUAAUGAUGACUUGGAAAAAGUGUACCAGUUGUAGCUGCUACAGCGACAAACACGCACUAGAAAAAUUAUCACACGAAACAAAAAUUGUCAGUGAAACGCAAACUUUAAGUGAUAUUAAGAUGCAAUACUCUGUUGCAAUGCAAGGUGCAGAAGGCUACAAAGAAAUGAUUAAUAAAAACAAAGUUAAUUUGCGCGAGUCACUUUUGGAAUUGGAUAAAAUGAUUCAGAAAGCAGGCGAUUGGAUCAAGCAGUUGCAAAAUGAGGCACUUCAGCCAGCUGUAAGAAAUAUGGAUGAGUAUAUCGACAGAAUUCUAGCUAAAGAAAAUGAGAAGGAACAUAUUGAAAUUAUAAAGAUGGUGAAGAAAAAAGCAUCAGCAAAUAGGUCAAUGACUGAUUUGAUAAACGAUCUGUAG